AUGGCAGAGACUGAAAAGCUGAGGCACAUUGUUUGCAUUUUGAGCCCUGCUGAAUAUGGAGAACAGAAUAUUCCCUUCCUUUUUGAAAGGAAGUUCCGCUCACAGCCCGCAGGGGCGCUGCUGGCUCCCGGCCAGGCAGGGCGCGUGCAGGGGCUCCCCGCGCCUGCAGGGGGCGCUGUGGCCCGGGCCUGGCUUCCCUCACACAGCAAUGGCGGGCUGGGUGGUGGAACGGGCUGGGCUCGGCUUCCCUCACACAGCAAUGGCGGGCGGGCUGGUGGAACGGGCUGGGCUCGGCUUCCCUCACACAGCAAUGGCGGGCAGGAUGGGUGGUGGAACAGGCUGGGCUCGGCCUCCCUCACACAGCAAUGGCGGGCUGGUGGGGGCUUCCCUCACACAGCAAUGGCGGGCUGGGUGGUGGAACGGGCUGGGCUCGGCUUCCCUCACACAGCAAUGGCGGGCUGGGUGGUGGAACGGGCUGGGCUCGGCUUCCCUCACACAGCAAUGGCGGGCUGGGUGGUGGAACGGGCUGGGCUCGGCUUCCCUCACACAGCAAUGGCGGGCUGGGUGGUGGAACGGGCUGGGCUCGGCUUCCCUCACACAGCAAUGGCGGGCUGGGUGGUGGAACGGGCUGGGCUCGGCUUCCCUCACACAGCAAUGGCGGGCUGGGUGGUGGAACGGGCUGGGCUCGGCUUCCCUCACACAGCAAUGGCGGGCUGGGUGGUGGAACGGGCUGGGCUCGGCUUCCCUCACACAGCAAUGGCGGGCUGGGUGGUGGAACGGGCUGGGCUCGGCUUCCCUCACACAGCAAUGGCGGGCUGGGUGGUGGAACGGGCUGGGCUCGGCUUCCCUCACACAGCAAUGGCGGGCAGGAUGGAUGGUGGAACGGGCUGGGCUCGGCCUCCCUCACACAGCAAUGGCGGGCGGGCUGGGUGGUGGAACGGGCUGCAGCAGAAACCACGGAGCGGCGGCUGUGACAGCAGGGAUGAGCAGACUCCAGAGCAGCAAGGAAAUGUACCAGAAACUCCACAGCUCCUGUGUCCAGCAGGCAGGGAGUGUGGGUUAAGUGUAGCGUUGAAGCCCAAGGCAGCAGCAGAAACCAGCAGGGCUUGGCAGUGGCAGCGAGGCUCCUCCAUGGCAGCUGCCGCACACAGCCUGGGCCUGCAGGAGAAGCAAUGGGACAACAAAAGCUCCACAGGGGCAGCCAAUUCCUCCGGGCAGCAGCCACAGACCAUCUGUGCCUCCUCUGAUGCCGAAUGCGAGAGAGAGGAAGGAGCAGAGCCCAGCCCACCACCACCCAGCCAAAAUCUCAUCCUAGAGAAAACUCCCCAGGUGAUCCCAAAGCAGAGGAAGUACCCGCAGAUCCCCCAGGAGGAGGCAGGAGCUUUGGUUCUGGUGGGCAAACGCAGAGCAGCUGCUUUGGCCCCGCACAAGAACGGGAUCUCGGGUGCGGUGGGGCCGGGCCGGGCGGGACGCUUGGUUUUACUUUUGGGCAGUAAGCUGGAAUGUGUUAGCGCUUUGUUUAGGCUGGAGAAAUACAAUUACGGGAUUUACGGUCAAAGUCAGAGUGGUGGACAUGGUCCUGGUGGUAGCAAGAAGGAUGACAAGGAUAAGAAGAAGAAGUAUGAACCUCCAGUUCCAACUAGAGUGGGGAAAAAGAAAAAGAAGACCAAGGGACCAGAUGCUGCCAGCAAACUCCCCCUGGUGACUCCUCACACACAGUGCAGACUCAAGUUGCUGAAGUUGGAGAGAAUUAAAGAUUACCUCUUAAUGGAGGAAGAGUUUAUCAGAAAUCAAGAACAGAUGAAACCUUUGGAAGAAAAACAAGAGGAAGAAAGGUCCAAGGUGGAUGAUCUGAGAGGAACACCGAUGUCUGUGGGUACUUUGGAGGAGAUCAUUGAUGACAACCAUGCCAUUGUGUCCACAUCAGUGGGAUCAGAGCACUAUGUCAGUAUUCUGUCUUUUGUGGACAAGGACCUGCUAGAGCCAGGCUGCUCUGUUUUGCUAAAUCAUAAGGUUCAUGCUGUGAUUGGAGUCCUGAUGGAUGACACAGACCCUUUGGUGACUGUGAUGAAAGUAGAGAAAGCUCCUCAAGAGACAUACGCUGAUAUUGGUGGCCUUGACAACCAAAUUCAAGAAAUCAAGGAGUCUGUGGAGCUUCCUCUCACCCACCCUGAAUAUUAUGAAGAGAUGGGUAUAAAGCCCCCCAAAGGAGUCAUUCUGUAUGGCCCACCUGGCACAGGCAAAACUUUACUCGCCAAAGCGGUGGCAAACCAAACGUCAGCAACCUUCCUGCGAGUGGUUGGUUCAGAGCUCAUCCAGAAGUACCUGGGUGACGGCCCGAAGCUGGUGCGCGAGCUGUUCCGCGUGGCUGAGGAGCACGCCCCCUCCAUCGUCUUCAUCGAUGAGAUCGAUGCCAUUGGCACAAAGAGGUAUGACUCAAAUUCGGGGGGUGAGAGAGAGAUCCAGCGCACAAUGUUGGAGCUGCUGAACCAGCUGGAUGGGUUUGAUUCUCGGGGAGAUGUUAAAGUUAUCAUGGCUACCAACAGAAUAGAAACACUGGACCCAGCCUUAAUUAGACCUGGACGUAUUGAUAGAAAAAUAGAGUUCCCUCUACCUGAUGAAAAGACGAAGAAGCGAAUCUUUCAGAUUCACACAAGCAGGAUGACGUUGGCAGAUGAUGUGACUUUGGAUGAGCUGAUUAUGGCAAAAGAUGAUCUCAGUGGUGCAGAUAUUAAGGCAAUUUGCACAGAAGCUGGAUUGAUGGCUUUGAGGGAACGGAGAAUGAAAGUAACAAAUGAAGAUUUCAAAAAGUCUAAAGAGAAUGUUCUCUAUAAAAAGCAAGAGGGAACCCCCGAGGGACUGUAUCUUUAAGUCAUCUGUCUCUUUGGGAACUAUUCAGAACUUUCUGUGUUAAUGAGAGUCUUGCGUACAACCACACAGCUAGUUUGGGUUCAUGAACAGGUUAAAAGCUGGUGGGUUGUGGGUUUUCAGUCAGUGUAACUCUUCACUUCCCAAUAAAAUAUUCAUUUGAA